AUAAACUUUGUUCUUUAUAACCCCGCUGUGUAAUUUUCGCCUAAUUUCCGUAGUGAGCCGUACAAAUAUGCUUAGAAAGACGUGGAGAGAUUCUUCGUCGCUUAUUGUAGUUGCUAAGCAGCAGCUAUCUCGAUGCGAGGAGCGAGGCGGAGUGAACUACGACAUGUUGCUUCAGACCCGUAGUCAGGGAGCGUCGUCGUUUGCGAGCAGUGUGGUGUUUCCAGGCGGCGUGGCGGAGGCGGCGGACGCGCGCCCCGAGUGGGUGACACUCAUCAAGUCCUUCGGAUACUCGCAGACACAUUUCGACGCCCUCCACUGCUCCCAAUCUAUUGUUACACCCAUAUUUCAACAUGACCCUCUGCAAAAGCAUGUGUCGCUGAGAAUAACUGCAAUAAGGGAGACAUUUGAGGAGGUGGGAGUCCUAAUUUGCAGUAAGAAGAAGCAGGCGGCUAGGACCGGCCCCUGGGCCGAGUAUGUCACCAACUUUGAUGUGAAAUACUGGCAAAAUAAGGUUAGCAAGAAUCCUGAAGAGCUUUUCAAUUUAUGUCAGGAGCUGAACUGCUACCCUGACAUCUGGUCACUUCACUAUUGGAGCAACUGGCUGACGCCAAGCACUUUAAAGAAGAGAUUUGAUACAGCUUUCUUCAUCUGUGCCUUGAAAGAUCAAGUAGUGGAUGUCACUGGCAGCAACGAAGUUUCUAGCAUAGAGUGGGGAAAUCCAACCAAAAUAUUAGAGAAAGAGAAGAAAGGUGAAGUGAUUCUGUUCCCGCCGCAGAUAUAUGAGUUCAAUAGAAUAACUCAUGUGAAAGACGUAGAAGAGCUUGUAAAGUUUGCGCAAGAGAUCAGCUGUCACGGUAAUGAACUGUUCUACCCGGUGCACCUGCGGGCCAAGGAUGGAUGGGUACACUUGCUGCCAGGCGAUGAUCUGUACCCAACAAAACUAGACUACAAUAACGAUAAAAUCUUAAAAGAAGACCAGACAGUGGAACAGCUGAGAGAAAACUGCUCCGUACUGCACCGCUUCGAGCACUCUGAGGAAGGCAGUGGCUUCGUCAUCCGCAACCUCAGCCCCCCGCACCAUAUCAGCAUGGACGACAGAGUCAUUAGCCUUAGGAAUUAUCUAUAA